AUGGGAGUGUUUAAAAGUAUUCUUAAAAUACUAGGAAUAGAAGAUUCUCUACUUGGAUUAAUAAUACUUGUCUUAACACUUUUUUUUGUUUCUCAUAUUUUUCCUCAAUUACACCAAAAGGAUCCAUCAAGACCUCCUGUGGUAUUUCAUUGGCUUCCCUUUAUCGGAUCUACUAUACAAUAUGGACUGGACCCAUAUAAGUUUUUUCAAGAACAACAAAAAAAGCAUGGAAAUAUCUUUACUUUCAUUUUACUUGGAAGAAAGAUGACAGUAGCAUUAGGACCUAAAGGCAAUGAUUUAGUUUUCAAUGGAAAACUAUCAAGUUUAUCAGCAGAAGAAGCGUAUACUCAUCUGACAACACCCGUUUUUGGUACAGAUGUUAUUUAUGAUGUUCCUAACCAUAUAUUAAUGGAACAAAAAAAAUUCAUAAAAAUUGGCCUUACUACGGAGACAUUUAGAUCUUAUGUUCCAAUGAUCAUUGAAGAAGUAAAAACAUAUUUGGAAACUAGUCCACUUUUUGGAAAAAAUAGGUUAUAUGGUAUUUCAUCUUUAAUGAAAGCUAUACCUGAAAUAACAAUUUUUACUGCUUCUCGCACUCUUCAAGGAAAAGAAGUACGCAGCAAGUUUGAUGCAUCAUUUGCUGAACUUUAUCAUGAUUUAGAUAAAGGAUUUACUCCAAUUAAUUUUUUAGCUCCAUGGUUGCCACUUCCAAAAAAUCGUUUACGUGAUAUUGCUCAAAAAAAAAUGGCACAAAUCUAUAUUAAUAUUAUAAAAAAAAGAAGAACUGACAAAAAUCCAGAAGAAGAUAUGAUUUGGAAUCUUAUGAAUCAACAAUAUAAAGAUGGUCGUAAAUUAACAGACAAAGAAAUUGCACAUUUAAUGAUUGGAAUAUUAAUGGCAGGUCAACAUACUAGCGCAGCAACAGGAGCAUGGGCUUUAUUGCAUCUUGCAGAAAAACCAGAGUAUAUCAAACUAUUACUCGAAGAACAAAAAAGAGUUUUUGGAAACAACUUGGACAAUUUAACAUAUGAUCAUUUCAAAGAUUUAGAAUUAUUGACUUAUGUAAUAAGAGAAACCCUAAGAUUACAUCCUCCUCUUCAUAGUAUAAUGAGAAAGGUCAAAUCACCAAUAACAGUAGAAAACUCGCCUUACGUUAUCCCUAAAGACUACUAUUUAUUAGCAGCACCUGGUUUUAGUUCAAUUGAUGAAAAAUACUUUAAAGACGCAUUGAAAUUUAUACCUGAAAGAUGGAAAUACGAAAAAAAUACAGAAGACUCUGAUAAAAUCGAUUAUGGUUAUGGUCUAGUUACUAAAGGUGCAUUUUCACCCUAUUUACCCUUUGGUGCAGGGAGACAUAGAUGUAUUGGAGAGCAAUUUGCAUACAUGCAACUUGGAACUAUUAUUACAACAUUUGUCCAUGAGUUAGACUGGACUCUACCAAAAAACCAAACAGCUUUUCCAGGGCCUGAUUAUACUGUAAAUCCAUAAAAAUAUUUUUCAAUAAUUUC